CUUCUGCUUUGCAUCGUGUUUGAAAAACAAACAGCCACACAAGGUUAUCAGUACCUCUCUCACAAGCUCUCUUGUAUAUGCAAAGCAAAGGCGAGCUCUGUGCUUGAGGUUAUAGCUGUUCUGGUCAACAGAGGAAUCCGCUCUCGGUCAUAUUCAAGAUCAGCUCACCAUGGGCCUAGGACUAACCAGGAACCAACAGAAACCAGUCCAAGUACUGCUAAUGGGCCUGGACUCAGCGGGUAAGUCCACCUUGCUAUUCCAUCUCCUGCAGGGAGUCAUUAUGGAGACCUCCCCCACAGUGGGCUUUAAUGUGGGGACCCUGGAUCUGGACAAAAAGACAUCCAUGACUGUGUGGGACAUAGGAGGACAGAGUACCAUGCGGACCAACUGGAAAUACUAUAUGGAAGGCUGUAAGGCUCUGGUGUUUGUGGUGGACAGCAGUGACCGGAAGCGCAUGGGAGAGGCCCAGAAGGCUCUCAAGAAAAUUCUGUCUGAUGCGAAUAUGAAAGACGUGCCACUUAUGGUUUUAGCCAAUAAGAAGGACCUGCCCAACUCCAUGACCAUCCGAGAGGUGUCUAAUCAGCUGGACCUUCCCAGCUACAAAGAGCGGACCUGGGAGAUCCAGGGCUGCAGUGCUGUGAAGGGUCUAGGGCUCCAGCAGGCUUUCCUGUCGUUGGCCAAACUUAUCAGGAAGAGUUGAGCUGGAUACAGAUUAGGUGGGGCAGUUCAGACUGCUGGUCAAAGAGGGCCAUGCUUGCUCAAUCUGAAGGUGAGUGUUGUUUCUCAUCGGACUGAAAAAAAAAAAGAUGAGAAUA